CAGAACAUCCUUUCUGCUACAUGAGUUUCGGGACUCGAACUCCAACGUAGGAGCUCCUCCCUCCUCGCACUGGGCGUGGCUGACGUCCGUCUCCCAGGCGAAGGGGAGCGUGCCCCGGCACCGCUGAUCUCCGGCCAUCACAGACGCGUCAUCGAUCGGCGAGAUCGGCUCCGGACGUUUUGCCUCCGGUUAUCCGCUACGUCGGUCAAGAAAUCUGUGUCUUGGUUGGAGGUGAGUUGAUUAUCUGUAUCCUGGAUUUCUUUUGAGGAAAGUGCUUGGGUUCCUCUUGUGACUUAAAAAAAUGGUGGUUUCUGAUGAUAGGGUUCUUCUCACAGCGGUGGAUUCACACACAUCUUCUAGUGCCAUAAAUGCCCCAGAAGAAAAUGGAAAGUCUGAUGAGAUUGUUACGGCAAAUAAUUUGAAUGAUUUUGUUAAAUGUUAUCCAAAGAAUAAACUUGUACAUACAAAUCUCGAGAAAGAGAAGAAGCAACAGUGUUCAUCAAAAUGCAAAAUAGGUGUUGAAUUAUCCAAGUCAACUCUCAGAUGCAAGAUUCUAGACUCAAAGCAGUUAAACAAUUCUAACUCGACAAGUAACCAGGCUUAUAAAAAGCAACCAAGAAAGUGUGACAAUCCUGUUCGGCUUCUUAUAACAGAAUCCUCAGAUCAGGCAACUAUGUUGUCUUGUAAAAAUUCUGCUUGCAAAGCUAUUCUGAGCUCUGAGGAUAAAUUCUGUAGAAAGUGCUCAUGCUGCGUCUGCCACCUUUUUGAUGACAAGAAGGACCCUAGUCUUUGGUUGGUCUGCAGAUCUGAGUCUGGUGAUGGAGAUUGGUGUGGAUUGUCUUGCCACAUUGAAUGUGCCCUUCAACAUAAAAAAGCAGGUGUAGUUGAUCAUGGUCAAUUUAUGCAGCUUGAUGGUAGUUACUGCUGUGCUUCGUGUGGGAAGGUAUCUGAUAUAAUAGGGUUCUGGAAGCAGCAGUUAGCCGUGGCAAAAGAUGCUCACCAAGUAGACAUUCUUUUCUAUCGCAUCUCUCUUAGUUACAGACUUUUGAACGGCACUUCUAAGUUUAAAGAAUUGCAUAAAAUGGUUGAGGAUGCCAUGAGAAUGAUGGAGACAGAAGUUGGUCCUUUGAAUGGAAUGUCAGCUAGGAUAUUUCGUGGUAAUGUAAGCAGGCUUUCUGUGGUCAAUGAUUUGCAAAGUCAAUGUUCUUUUGCAAUCAUGAAAGCAGAAGAGUUUUUAAACUCUGUUAACGGCUCCAUUGCAAAGCACAGAGAUUCUCCUCCUACUGCCUGUGCUUUCCAUUUUGAAGAGAUAUCAUCUUCCUCCCUCGUGAUUGUUUUAAAUGUAUCGUGCUCUUCAGCACCUGAUGUUAUCAAGGGUUACAAGCUUUGUUAUUGCAAAAGCAGGGAAGAAAUGAUCGAGAAAGAUCCUGUGCUUAUCCCAAGAUCUCAACAAAGAAUUUUGGUUCCAAACCUUCAGCCGUGCACAGAAUAUGUUUUCCGAAUUAUUUCGUUAUCAGACGAUGGAAAUUUGGGCCAUACAGAAUCUAAGUGCUUUACCAGAGGUGUGGAGGUAAUUGAUAAAGACACAAAGCAAACUGGGACAGGCGGAUGCUCAAUCAAUAACAUGAGAGAAUCAAAGAACCCAAUUGUUGGGUCCUCUGGAUUCAAAGUUCGGAAUCUGGGGAAGAUCUUUGGACCAGCUUGGGCAAUGGAAGAAGGUUGCUCCGAUGAUUUAUACCAAGAGGAUGAUGUGGAAGAAGAAUCCUAUAUAGGAGGAGGUGUUGCAAAGCCCCUUAAUGCUGACGACGAUCGACGGAAGGCUUCUGUUCCGCAUCAGCUUGAUUUGAAUGUUGCAUCAGUUCCUGAUCUUAAUGAUGAUCUUAGUCUUCCCAUGGAAUUCUCACCAGAGGAGAAUGGAUGCACAUUAGAGAAGAGCGGUCUUGAAAGAUCAAAUGGAAGUGGAAAUUGCCAUACUUGUGCUGUAAGGGUGGUUGAAGUACCAGCAGUUGAAUCCCAGCCGGACUGUAGGAAGAACUUGACAAAUGGAUUUACAGAUGGCUGUGAUGGUGAUAGCACUUUAGUUAGUGCACCACCACAUGAAUUCUCAUUUCGCUCAAGUAAUCUGGAUGACAACUAUGAAUACUGUGUGAAUGUGAUAAGACGGCUGGAGUGUUUGGGACAUAUCGAGAAGGAUUUUCGCAUGAAGUUUUUAACUUGGUUCAGCUUCAGCUCCACAGAGCAGGAGCGUUGGGUGGUCAUCACAUUUAUCAGAACCCUUAUUGAAGAGCCUAGUUGCUUGGCUGGGCAGCUCCUUGAUGCCUUUUUGGAGAUUGUGAACUGCAAGAGGCCACGGAAUGGUUUCUGCAGUAAGCUGUGGCAUUGAGAAAGUGCGGUUAGAUUCUGCUAGGAAACUCACUUUACUUGACUAAUUGAUGAUUUGUUUUGCCCAGGAUUUCCUGAAGAGAAUGGCGAGUUUCAGGAGUUUUGGCAUAGUUGAGCUGUCGUGUAGCAGUUCUGUUUCAGCUCUAAGACUUCGUUUGGGACAGUUUUUUUGCUGCUUUUUAAAACGACUUUCUAGUGCAAAAAUUUCUUGAAUUAGAAAUCUUUGUAAUAAAAAACUGUUUUAGAAAGUAGAAAGAAAACUGUCCCAAACGAAACGCAAGAAGUUGUUUCUAAUUUGUCCCAGAAAGCUGGGGUCAAUUUUUUACAUUCAUGGUGUUACUAUGCUGUUAGCUGAUUGAUGAUUUGUAAUUCGGUACGCAUUAAUUUUUUUCAAAAUUUUUUUGACCAUAUGACUCAUGUUACUUGCUUA